AUGCUUCAGGCGUCAUGUGCUGUCUGGGUUUGCACGCAUCAGUUGUUCAGUUAUGCGCGAACUUUGAUAAAGCCCCGGCACAAUAAGGUCGUGGCCUGUUACGUCGCUUCCUGGGCCUUAUACAGGCCGGAAAAUGGAAAAUUCGGGAUAAACAAUCUUCGGCCGGAGCUUUGCACGCAUCUAAUCUACGCGUUCGCCGGAUUGAAUCACACGAACUGGACGAUUAAGAGCCUUGAUCCGUUUAAGGACAUUGAAAAUGGAACAGGAGAUUACAGGAGGUUUACCCAAAUUCGUGAAGACUAUCCCCAUUUAAAAAUCUCUAUUGCGAUCGGAGGAUGGAACGAAGGUAGCCAAAAUUAUUCGGAGCUUGCUUCGUCCCCCGUACGAAGAAAUAGAUUCGUCAACAGUGUGGUCGAGUUCCUUAGAGAAUAUCGUUUCAAUGGGUUCGAUCUGGACUGGGAGUUUCCUGGAUCACGCGGAGGAAUGCCCUUCAAUAGGCAAUACAUUGAUCUGUAUCAGGAACUCAAAGAAGCAUUCAUCAAGCCAGGAUACGUACUAACAGCAGCUAUAAGCGCCAAUCUAGGAAUGAUAGACGCGGGAUAUAAUAUUCCCGAAAUUUCAAAGUAUCUAGACCACAUUCAUGUGAUGGCUUAUGAUUACCACGGUACAUGGGACUUGAAAGUACUUCCGAAUUCACCCAUGACAAGCCACGAUAAACUCAGCGUGGAAGACACAAUCGGACACUUGUUAAACAAAGGUGCACCAGCGAAUAAAUUAGUGUUAGGCUUGCCCAUGUAUGGAAGAACGUUUAUAUUGACCACCAAGCCCAGUUCUCCCCAAGAGAAUCCCAUGAAUAAGACAUGCUUGCCCGAUGGAUUUAAAGGUCCCUAUACUGGACAGGUUGGGUUCAUGGGAUACAAUGAAAUUUGCGAGGUGAUAGUGAAGGAUUUACACCUUUGGACGACUGGCUGGGAUAUGGAGAGCAGUACGCCCUACGCUGUCAAAGACGAUCACGUGAUUGUGUAUGAUAAUCCAAUCAGUAUGAAGACAAAGAUCGAAUACGCGACAAAAAUGAACCUUGCCGGUGUAAUGGUCUGGAGUAUUGACACGGAUGAUUUCCACGGCAAGUGCGCGAACUUGAUGGAGUCCUUGGACCCGACGGACUCAACCUUUCCCUUGAUGCGAUCCAUCAACAUGGUUCUCGCUAAUACGACUAAUCGUAAACCAGACGAUUCGAACGACAACAAGUCUUCAUCAGACAGAUGUUUUUUCAAUUUUACAUUCAUUUUACUCGUACUUCUGGUGCAAUACGUUUGA